GUCCUGUUCUUUUACUUUUGCAGACCGAAAAAUGCCCCGCAUUUUGUUCGUCAGUGGUUUCCACCCUUCAACCCGCGCUCGCGACCUGGCGUAUGAAUUCGAACGCUUUGGACCUCUAGUACGCUGCGACGUUCCCGCUCCACGUAAUCCCCAUGCAAGUUCGAACCCUUACGCCUUUGUCGAGUUUCGUAGCCAACGUGACGCUGAAGAUGCAUACUACGAUAUGCAUGGUAGAUAUUUCGAAGGAUCCCGCCUAAGCAUUCAGUGGGCCAAAAAUCCUCCAUCUUCUGUUUGGCGUUAUGACAGACGUUCUUCUCCUCCCCAUCGGUCCUCCCGUGACCGUGACCGCGAGCGUUCUCGGAGCCCCCGUCGUCGCCCUGAACGUACUGAACGAGAGAGAGAAGAGCGUGAUAAGGACGUGGAUAGGGACAGGGACAGAAGGAGACGCAGCAGAUCUCCUGAAAGGAGAAGAAGCCCUAGUCCUGAGAGAAGGAGGGAUGAAAGGGCUCGAACACCUCCUAUAGAAGACGCCAAAAAGGAAGACGACCGUGACAGGGCUCAACCGCAGACCCCACCUUAUGACCAUUGAGUAGCUGUUGUGCAGUGUUCAUUUCCGUCGACCUUGUUAAAAUUUUCUUCAUGUCCGUGAUGUUCGCGGCCUUCUUUGUAAAUUGUACAUAGCGUAUAGUUAUCUUUCACUGUGUAGUUGCGUUUCAAUAGAAUUGAUGCUUGCAAUGCACGU